ACCCUCACUGCACGCCGCGGAGGAGGAUGCUUGCCAUUAUUAAGCAUCUCCUGAAUCAUCUAAGGAUGCUUUCAUUAAAAGAAACAUCGAUAUUUCCACGUGCAUUUGAAUCUGCUGCGUUUUAAAGCAUUGUAACGGACGCGCGCCCGACGCAACGCACGGCUGCUCGUUUGGAUCAGUGCCACGGUUGUCUGUCUCCGUCCGUCGCCGUUCGCCCAACCACACCUUUCCGUUAUAUCCUCACCCGAUAACGGCAUUCAGACGGACCCCGUUGCAUGUGACCGAAAGGGACAUUGUGCCGGUUGGAGGAACGCGGAUACACAGCGCUAUAGACUCCCGGUGCGCACCGGACCCGUUCAAAGACGCCCGUGUCGUACAGAUGUCAGACCGGCGCGUGUGAUCGCUUUGGUGGAGAGGCAGGUGAACAGAAGGAGGAAUUUAUUCGCCCGGAGGCGCGCACGGCUUUGUCCCGCAUCCUGCGCCAAGAAGCAGCGCAUCACCUUGAGGAUUUAAACGCACCGACAUCCAACUUGCCAGCUCCGGCCAUGGCGUUCCUGUCCCCCUUCUUCUUACGGAUUUUUGCUGUCCUCCAAUUGGCUGCCUGUUCAUUUCCAGAGGAACCUGGUCCUUUAAUCUCCGCCCCUGCUGAGGUGGUGAAAAGAUAUCCAGUGUUUAUGGGACGGGCCCAUCGCUCGUACACCCGCCAGGAGCCGCUCUACAUCCAGACCGUCCUUAAAGUCAACCGCACGCUUUACAUUGGAGCCAGAGACGACCUUUAUCGAGUGGAACUGGACCAUGUGUCUGGAGAUGAAAUGUUCUACAGCAAGAAAAGGACGUGGGAAUCCAAUAAGAACGACAUCCGGAUCUGUAGAAUGAAGGGAAAACACGAGGAGGAGUGUCGUAAUUACAUAAAGGUGCUGUUGAGCCAUGAUGGAGGGCUGUUCGUGUGCGGGACAAACGCGUUCAACCCACUGUGCGCCAAUUACACGAGAGACACACUAGAAUUGGUCGGAGAGCCCAUCAGCGGAAUGGCAAGAUGUCCUUAUGACCCGAAACAUGCUAAUGUGGCCUUGUUUGCCGAGGGCAGCCUGUUCACAGGGACGGUGACUGACUUCCUGGCCAUCGACGCUGUCAUUUACCGCAGUCUGGGAGAGAGUCCGGCACUGCGUACCAUCAAACACGACUCCAAAUGGUUCAGAGAGCCAUAUUUCGUAAGUGCCGUGGAAUGGGGGCCUCAUAUCUACUUCUUCUUCAGAGAAAUGGCCAUGGAGUUCAACUACCUGGAGAAGGUAAUGGUGUCCCGCGUGGCGCGCGUGUGUAAAGGCGAUCUGGGCGGCUCUCAGCGUGUAUUGGAGAGGCAGUGGACGUCGUUUCUGAAGGCGCGUUUGAACUGCUCGAUCCCAGGAGACUCGCACUUUUAUUUCAACCUGCUGCAGUCCACCAGUCCCAUCAUACGCAUGCAGGGCAGAGAUGUCAUACUGGGGGUCUUCUCUACACCUUCAAACAGCAUCCCCGGCUCGGCGGUGUGUGCAUUUGACAUGCAGCAGUUAGCACGAGUGUUUGAGGGGAGAUUCAAAGAGCAGAAAUCACCAGAAUCCAUAUGGACACCAGUGUCUGAUGAACUCGUACCUAAACCCAGGCCCGGAGGCUGUGCUGUCCAGGGUUCAAGAUUCAGCACUUCUAACACCCUACCCGAUGAAGUGCUGAAUUUCAUCAAGACUCAUCCUCUUAUGGACGAAGCGGUUCCUUUGCUAGGACAUAGACCUUGGAUAGUCAAGACCAUGGUCAGGUACCAGUUAAACACUAUGGUGGUGGACACUGAGGCUGGCCCCCACCGGAACCGGACUGUGGUUUUCCUGGGAUCCACUAGAGGAACGGUUCUCAAGUUCCUCAUAACUCCCAGCUCAGAGACGCAGUACUCCAAUAGUAAUAUCUUUCUGGAAGAGCUGGAGGGAUACAACCCGGAGAGGUGCGGCGAUGACUCCAUGCAGGCGCGUCAGCCUCUCUCUCUGACCCUAGACAAACCCAGUCACACACUCCUGCUGGUUUUUCACUCUUGUGUGGUGAGAGUUCCUGUCGCACGCUGCCAACUGCACUCCAGAUGUAUGAAAAACUGCAUUGCAUCCAGAGAUCCGUACUGCGGUUGGACCAGAGGAAGAACCUGCUCUCUCCUGAGGCCUGGCACCAGAUUACCUUUCGUGCAGGAUGUUGAAUAUGGAAACAUCUCGCACCUUGGGGACUGUGAUGGCCUUGUACGUGAGAGUUUUAUGGAUGAACCUGAAAGUCUUGUUACUUUGAACCUAUUGGUCGUCGCCGCAGUAUCAGCGUUCUCCACCGGGGCGGCGCUCUCAGGUCUGGCUGUGUGCUGGAUCAUGGGCCAGAAACACCGUCAUCGUUCUCACAGCCACACCCCAUCCUCCAGCGGGCAGCGGAAGAGCGAGAAGGAACGCGAGAAGGAGCGUUGCAUGAUGGGACAAAGUAGGAGUGGCUCCGUAAUGAGCGUAUCCCGACACAGUGUUUCAGACCGUCCACGGUCACAGGGUGAGACUCUCUUCGUCAUGCCCAACGGCUGGGUGAAAGCGGGCGACCUGGACCCAGGUCUACUACCCACGCCCGAGCAGACACCCCUGCAACAGAAACGCGGGUUACGCCUAUCCGACUCCGGCUCCAGCUGGGAUCAAAGUCAAACCUACUUGAGCUCUGUGGGCACCCAGUGCCCACCACCGCCUUCCACCCUGUUCCUCAGCUCUAAACUCUUACAGGGCACCGGCCGACGACACGAGGAGGCCAUCGAGACCGGUAUUGACCGUCAACGCUACGUUUCCCUCUCCAAGUACCGUGACCAAGGCAUACGCCCCGGCACUCUUCUUCGCAAGUCGGCGGGCGAAUACAACUACCCCAUGACUCCCCAAGACUCUCCAGACCGACGUAGGGUGGUGUCAGCCCCGAGCAACCAGAUGGAGUACAGCGGAGAGCCUCUUCGUUGGACCCACGAAGGAUACAUCAUCAGCAGUCAUGGGUUACCCCCAACGGGCCAUCACUACAAUCCAACUUCGCAGCAUCCUGCGGGGCUGACGCGCUCCCAUCUGCACGGGUCCCGAGGGUUUAUCGACCUGGCAGAGUACAGCCACCUGCUUGGUAAGGAAAGAAGCGAUCGGACGCCCACUGGCCAGUGAAGCGAGAGAAGAAGUUUGUGAGGAGCAAGGAAAUGAAGAAGAAAUGUGAGAAGCUGAAUUCACAUGUCGAGAGCCGGCACAGAAUAUGGCCAAUCACGGUGGUUCGUUGUGUCUCUCUCUCUUUCUUUCUUUUUCACCCGCUUGUCAUGUUGUUUUUUUCUGAGCUCAGUGUCCGGUGCUGCUGCCACAAGUCACAUGAGAGGAGGACGAACUACUGUUAAUGGACCUCGCUGACUAAGAGAAGAGCAGCCGUUUCUACAAAUAGCCCCCCUCUCUCUCUCUUACUCGCUCUUUCUUUGACUCCCAAUUUGAUGUAGGCACGCAGCAAUCAGAAAAUGCUUUUCCCACCGGCUCUCACUCUUUCUGACUGACUGUGAGUGCGCUUGACCAAACAUUACUGCGUAUUUAUCAGACAAAGGAAAAUGGCAGCCGCUUUAAAGAAUUGAGUUGGAUUCACAAUUGCAGGUUACAGUGGAUGACAGGAAACUAACUAAUUUAUGUGCACAAUGAAAACACGAAGAAACGCGUGCAGAUUCUCAUGACAGAGAAAUGGCAACGUAAAGAAACCACUUGAUGUUUUUUGCCAGGUCAAUUGAUCCAAAUGAAAGAAAAAACUUUUUUAUGGGGAAGGGUGUAAUUUACAUUUGUGUCACAGUCAAGGUUCAUCCUUUUUGAAACUGCCAUAGCCCAUCACAUGUAUACGUUCCAAAUGGCAAUCAGAUAUUUUAGCGAACGAAAUGGCAAAAUAAAUUAAAACAUUGAAAACAGCACUACCUUGCUCACAGUAUAAUUUCAUUAUCUGUCGAUCAAAGAUGCGAUUUCAACCCUGUUACAGACACCAGUGAGCAGAAGACUUUACCUUAGUUCACACAUUGAAUAAAAAGAGAGAGAGACAAAGAAAGAGAGAGUAAGAAAAUAUUGGUCAGAUGUUUUCUGGCCUCGACUAAAUGAAUUCCUUUGUUCUGUGUAGCUCUGUGUCGUCGCUGAGUUUUAUCAGAGAAAUAAGGAGCUCUGAGAACUUCUGGUCAUGCCGGAAUCGAAAUCUUUUUGGUCUGUUUUAUUUCUUCUUUUUUUUGUACAGUGAUUUUUUACACGAUUUGACAUGGAACGGAACACAGAAUGGAGAUGAUUUGUGGAAAGACACAAUGAUGAUCAGAGAAAGAAACUUGACAAUUGAAUUCUAUUCUGUGUGAUUAUUUCCCAUCUGAAGACACUAAAGACCAUCCGUUUCACUUUUGUCAGUUCUGGACUCAACACAAGAAUGAAACAAUGAGAAGGAAUAGCAGAGAGGAGAGAACUGAAGCAAACGAGAGGACUACAAAUGAUCAUGUGACUUCAAACAUAACUAACAUGUGAUGUCAUCGGUUUUGUGUCUGUAAAGUAACCAAUCGCAUCGCUCUUUAUAUAUAUUCCAAGACACAUUUCCCUAAAUUUUUGUUUAUAUUUUCAACUUUUUUGUCAUGAAACCCAUCCUCUGUGAUACACUUUUAUCUUCCUUGAUUCUGACUUGUAAAAAUAUCCAGUACGUCCCUAUAAAAGUUCAACAUCACCACUAUAUACGUUGAAAUGGGGUCUAUUCCUGCAUUUGAAAGAAUGUCUGUUUCAUAUGAAGAUCAGGGAUUUUGUUUGUUUCCCUUAAAGUCAACAUUCAUGUCUACAAUGUUUCAAGAGAAUACAGUCGGGAAACGUUCCAAACCCUAGUGAGCUGUUUACCUCAACAGUACUUCUGACAGUUGAACAUUUAAUAUAAGGGUUGUUUUUGUUACCUUGUGACACCCUAUUUUGCCCAAAUUCCAAGGCAGAAUUAUCCUGCAUGAAUAAGACAAAUCUCCUAAUGCAUUAGAACAAGCAAAGUGAAAUUUUCCUCUAACUCCCUACCCAUCACUGACAGGAAUUUCAGUGUUUUUAACACAAACAAAUUGCAACAUAGCACUAGAUGCCACUGAUGUUCAUUCACUGAACCUUUAAUUAAUACAUCUUUUAAAAAGUGCAACACUAAAGGUCUUUGCACAUACAGUCCGAAAUUUUCGUAUGCGUUUUUUUGUAUUUGUCUCUCCUUUGAACAGUAUUUCUGAAUUGUUAAAAAAGCCACUCAAAUUGCUUGCUACGGAUGCGAGAAACGCAGAAAAUCAAAGCCCAGUCCGGAUUUCUUUUUGAAUGGGGAAGAUAUCGGAGGCAGUGUGUAAAUAUGAGUGACACAACGUGAGGUCAUAUUUAUAUUUUAAUGUGCGGAAAUUUCGGAUGCAAAUUUUGGACACAAUGGGUUUUACCCACGAUUUUUAUGGCUUUCUAUGUUACAGUAGGGGGUGUGAUUGAUAUCAGGUUCCAAAGCAAUUGUACUGACAGGUACACCCACCUUACUUGAGUAUACAUUUGGAUGGUCUUAGUCAAAUCAUACCACGACCUGGCAUAGAUUUGUGGGGAUGUGGUUACACGAGCCGUUUCAGGCAAGUCUGGGUGAGCAUUUGCUUUUAGAUAAAAUGCAUCUUUUGUUUCCGACACUUUAUUUUUUUGCAAUUUUAUGUGUCUAAUGCAUGCAUGGGCAACUUAUAACACACCAAAGACAGAGGAAAAACCUCUUUAAUGUUGAAUCCUGGAUGCUUUUUAAACAUUUUUUAAACAUUAUAUUAAACGCUAAAUUUUAUGUCAUUCAUACAAUCUAACAUCAUUUUUAGAAGAUCUAUCAUUUUAAUUUCUUUAGCUUUUAAAAUGUCAUAUUUUUAAGUAAGCAGACUAUUGGAAUGAGCUGUUUGUUAGUCGAGUCUUCUGUUUCAUAGUUCCUAUCUACAGUAUUCACCUUUACACAUCUGGCAGAUGCUUUUAUCCAAAGUGACUUACGGUGCUUUUAUGCUAUACAUUUUAACCAGAUGGUUCCAUAAUGCUCUACCAGCUUCACAUAGUUUGAAUCAAGCGCUUAAAGGUUUCGUUUCCAUUAGGAUACUGCCGCAGAAGUUAGACAAUGGGGAAGCACACUGGAGUUUGGAACAUAGCCCCCCUCUUUCUCUCUCUCUCUCUCUCUCUCUCUCUCUCUCUCUCUCUCACACACAUACUAAGUGCCCAUCUCCAGAUAGAUCACCUAGUUUUGUUAUGAAAUGGUUAAUAGCAUCAGUGUGUGUGGCAUUGAAAGCAGAUGUCUGAUUAGAUGACUCGCCAACAUGCAUAAUCGAGUACACAGGAAUGCACAUAAUAAUGGUGCUCCUGCACCUGCAACAUCUUGCUUAUUAAAAGCAUGUGCUCCAAUGUGCUUUUUAAAAACGCAUCUCUUAACCGCAGCCGUCUAGAGACCCUGCACACACCUCUGCUAGUGCACGUAGCAAGCACACACGCUUGCAGUUAUACGCGACGGUUGGUUGAACAUUGAUUAGCUCAUAAAUCCAGCUGAAAGGAGAGUCAACGUGCGUACGUAUUUACAUCGCCUCUCUACCGCAACGACUGACACACACCAGGCAGGAAAUAGAAUCUGGUACUAGGCAGGAAAUGCAUGGAUGUUUCCGCUUACUUUUGGCUCAAGGGCACGCAAGCAGCCUAAUUCAAUUCAGGAAGUAAGAAAUGCAAAUGUGAAAUCCAUAUGUGGAGAAAGACAAAUGACCACAUAAAAAUCAUUAUCAAGUUUAUUCAAAAUUGCCUACAUUGGUUGAAUUGUGCCAUACGUGCUUAAUGUAUACAUUUACCAAAUGAUGGGAAAUAGUAAGAUACCAAAAUAUUAAAUAGGGCGGGUCAGUAUUUUUAAUGAUGCCAUUGACCUUAGUGAACAGCCACUGCUGUUGUUUUUCGGUUUGGAUUCAAACCCUGUGUUUUACUUUGUCAUGCGACUCAUUCUGCACAUCUUGUUAGUUUACGAUCACAAUGUAGGCCUAGAUCCCUCUUUGAGGCCUGAAGAUUCACAAACUGCCUUGAAUGAAGACAGCGAAAUUCAGUGCCUAACAUCCCUCUUUGUAAAUAAAAAUGGCUUUAAAUAUCAACUUUUCCCCUCACAAUAUUUAUACUUUUUUGUCAUUAUUUCUAUAUUUUCAUCUGUUAAAGUGGCGUUGACUGACAUUGAUUUUCACACAGUGUCUUAUGAGUUAAUUCUGGUAUAUUUUUGUCAAAAGAAAGUGUUGAAUGUGCUGUGAAUGUACAUGCUGUUACAACUAAGAGGUCUCUUUCAUCACGAGCACAAUAUUGUACAGUCAUGGAGGCCAGAUUCACGUUAUGUCAUUUAUUUGACUCUUUCAUCGUGUAUUUCCUUGAACUGUUCCACGAAUGUUCACAUUUACUGGUUAUCAAAGACUCUGCAAAGAAAGAAGGACUCUGGAUCUCUUGAAACCGGACAUUUUGUAAGACUGUAUAUGGCGACACAGAUUUGCCUUCGUGUUGAAUGGCUCUGUGUGUGACCGAAUCAGUAUUACGUUGAGUUAACGCUCAGCUGCUCUGUAUAUAGCUCAAAUACUGAGUUUGACCCCAUCACUGGCGAUGAUGUAAUGUCCCUGUGUAUAGAAGACGGGGGACGUAUAGAGUGAAAAUUGUUUUGUUUGUUUGUCGCAUUUUAAGUAAUCACACAUGUAUAGAUAUUCACACUUAUACACCCAGUAUCAGAAAUGUACAGGACACACGACACAAUUCUGGAGCGCACACUUAUUUUCAAAAGCCGAUCGACAUGGAGAUUUUAUCAUUCUAAUAAACACAUUUGACUGUUUGA